AUGGUGGCUCUAGCCUCUAGGUUGGGCCUGACCAAGCAUUUUAUUGUUAAUCCCUUGGGUUUCGCUGGUGGUCUCCUCCUCUUUUGGAAACCUGACCUCAUCGAUCUCCACGUUGUUAGCUACAACUCCCAGGCCAUUCACACGUUGGUGAAUCAUAGGCUGGGCAACUGCUUUAUCACUUUUGCUUACGUUCGUCCUAACCCUUUUGCUAAGUGUUGUUUUUGGGAGUAUUGCAAAGGCUUGGCAAACGCUACUCAAAGUCCUUGGAUGGUGUUAGGAGACCUAAACGACAUUGCGACCAGCGAUGAGCAAUGGGGUAGUUCUUCCCUCAAUUACUCCUCGCUCCAAAACUUUGUGGACACUUAUAGUGCUUGUGGUCUGCUUGAUCCGGGUUCUUCUGGUCCCAAAUUCACCUGGUGCAGAUUCGCAGGGGAUAGAGUGAUUCAGAGAAGGAGACUGGACAGGGUUCUUUGGAAUAUGAGGGCUCAGUUAAUCUUCCCAGAGGCUAAGGUGGCCGUUCUCCCCCGUCUUUGCUCCGAUCAUAACCCCAUCCUCUUUGUGGAGGAAGCCGGAAGACCUCCGGACAGGAGCCUACGCCCGGUGAGAUUCGAAGCCGCCUGGCUGUCAAACGAUGACUAUAAAAGCGAUAGGCUACAAGACCUAGAAAAACAGCUGUUACAGGAGCUCAACUCGGUCCUGAUUCAAGAGGAGACUUUCUGGUUUCAAAAAGCAAGGACGGACUGGAUCCGGAACGGAGACAGGAAUACUACCUUCUACCAUAAGUCGGCCUUAAUCAAGCGAAACAGAAACCGCGUUCGGUUCCUCAAAAUUCAGGGGUCCUGGACUGACGAAUCGGCAUCCUUGACUGAUCACAUUAAUAGUUUCUUUUCUAGCCUUUUCUGCAGGGUCGAUCAAACACAGCAGGCUCAACGCCAACCAGUCCCAACGGCUCUACAAAUUCCAGGAGACCAGGCUUCCAAUCUCCUUCGUAGGGUCCCCAUUGAUGAGGUCAGAAGAGCAGUGUUCGGGAUGAAGAAGUAUGGGAGCCCGGGUCCUGACGGUAUUCCUGCCAUUUUCUAUCAACAAUGCUGGAGCGAAAUUGGUCCUGUCAUGACAAAAAUGGUAAAUCAAGCUUUUGAUAAUGGUUGUAUCCCCAACUCUUUGCUCCAAGCCUAUAUGACUCUCAUCCCCAAAAAAGAUACUCCGGAAACGGCCGCUGACUUUAGACCGAUCACCCUCCUCAAUGUGUCCUUUCAAAGUGAUCUCCAAAGUCCUUGUUAA